AUGCCACCAAAGCGUGUGGCCAAAGGCAAAUUGCAUCAGCUGGCUGUUGAACUACCAUUUAAGACAAUUAUCUCAGACUUGAGCACGAAGAAGCAGUAUUGUGUCGGACGGCAGUUCGCAACUGGAGGAUUUGGGCGCAUUUACACCUGUAAUGAG